AUGAUUAUCACGUUCCCACGUUACAUUGCAGAUAGACAUUGUGGGUACUGCAAUGAUUCAAAGACCGACUAUUAUGCCUUGGAAAGCGAGGCAAAGGCAAAGGCAGAGACAAAAGCGGACGAGAUGGAUGCAAUUGACUCUAAACAAGCCAUGACUAUUGGCUGCUCAAUUAUAAAAAUGACGUGUCUAGAAUACGAUGAACUUAUAAACAAGGGAUUUAGAAGGUCAGGAACGUUUCUAUACAAGAAUGACUUGUUGCGGACAUGUUGUCGACUAUACACCAUUCGAACGAACCAGUCGCAAUUCAAGCUUAAUAAGAAACAGAGAAAAGUGGUAAACAGGUUUAUUCAUGAGAUCUGCCCGGAUGAAUCCGUGCUUGAACCGGUCAAGAAAAACCAAUUUAGCUUGGAGAGGUUGAUAGAAGCUCAAUUAAAGUCGACCAGCUACAGAACCUCGUUUGAACCUUCGUCUUUUACGAAAGAAAAGUUUGAGUUGUACAAGAAAUAUCAAGUUGGUGUGCAUAAUGAUGAUCCGGCCGAUGUCACUGAAAAAUCGUUUAAGCGUUUUCUUUGCGAUACGCCGUUUUCAAAAAGGGAAAUGGCGGGGCUGGAGGAAGAAUGGCGGGGCUUGGAGCUUGGCAACUGGACUCGUCGAGACUCCACCAUACCAGGCAAGCGUGUUGGGCCCACACACGAAUGCUAUUACCUCAAUGACAAGUUGAUUGCGAUAUCGGUUUUGGACUUUUUACCGAGUGGCGUUUCUUCGAUUUAUUUCAUUUGGGAUCCCGAUUACGCUUACUUGUCGCUUGGGACACUACUGGGGAUAAAGGAGAUUCAAAUGUGUGACAAGUUGGGGUACGAGUGGUACUAUUUGGGAUAUUAUAUCGAGGAUUGUCCUAAGAUGGUUUACAAGGGCCAGUUUGGCGGCCAGCUUUUAGACGUGUGCAAUGAAGCAUACUAUCCGUUGGAGAAGGUGCACGAUUACAUCAAAAAUGGCAGACUUUUUGUCAUUGGUGACAAAACUAGUCUGGCUCCAUCUGCUGAGAUUUCGAUGCUAAAUAAUGAUUAUCCUGAGCAAGGAGUUUUCAAUGAGGAUUGUUACAAUGCCGCAGAAGAUAUCUAUGGCCGUACUAACGAUGGUGGAAGUGAUGUCGCGCGUAACCACCAGCGCGCCCUACUAAAGAAAUACAAAGUCGAUACAACUAGCAGCGAGUACAUGUUGCCGGCAGUUGUCCCCGGAGUGAUUCCCUUGUCGCAAAUCUUGCAAUGGUUUAGAGAUGGCACCAUUGGAGAAGGCUAUACUCAAAAGAUUGGUGGAACAAGUUAUAGACUUAGUGAACUAUCACCUGUAGGGAGAGGUCUCGUUAUUGAUUGCAUCAGACUAUUUGGCCUAGAUAGAAUGAACGAUACCGCGAUUGCUUACUAA